ACGACGUUGUGUUGUGGUGGUGCGAGACAGAAGGUCCGUACAGACACGCAGAUAUUAUUCUACAAAUGUCGCACAGUGGUUCAAAACAUAAAGACGGGGACACAAUUGGCAAGGUACACCCAGCUGGCACUUCUAAGCAGGACACCUCGACGAGAGUGGCCGCAGGUGCAGGGGCGCUGAUCACCGGAUGAGGGGAGCUAACUUGCAAACUAGCAUGCUAACAGAGCCUAGCUGGCCUUGUUCGCCUCUGCGAGAGGGCCCAUUGCAUGCAAGCGGGCUAGCCGCUUUGGGGGCUGAUUCCCUAUCGUGCGUUAUAUUUGAUGUGCCGAUCUCAGUCCCGGAGACGAGCGUGCAGCUUCAGUCGUAAAUUGCACCCAAGAAAAUUCACUACCUUCAUCAACAAGGCCUUCGUUCUGGCGCCAUCUUCAUGGAGCUUCUGAAAUCCAAACAGUGAGCUGCAAGCAAAAAGACAACAUAGGUGGCUCGGCGUUAGUUGCGGGUUGCCUCGUUUAAAAUCUGCACUUGCAAGGAAUGGAAACGAUUUCAUUUCAUGUUACAUGCAAAGACGAUAUCCCCACCUGUCAACACCGGCCAAGCUGUCCCUCUCCUGGGCUGUCAGUGUCGGAAAGUCCUCCUCUGUUUCACUCGCUUUUCCCGCCGCCAUUUUCUUUUCCUCAUCACCACCAGAAGCCGAGGCGAGACUCCGAGCAGCAGCGCAGGCAGCAACGGCGACAGACACACUGCACGAUUGCAUGGAAAAUCACAACGCAGAGAUGAUCGGUUUGCUCCACCGAAUCAAACAGGGGACCAAAGGAAAGCAAGCGAUUAAAAAAACUUUUUCCCCCAGCCUGAAAAGAUGCGAUUCGAUGUAGUAAAUCCUUUCGGGGGGGACAGAAGCGCUCCGCGGGUAGAUCCUCAAACGUCACAUUUUCCUCCGCAAAGUGAGUGCAUGCCGUAGCUCAAAUGCGACCACCAGAAACCAUCAUCCAAUAAGUGAGUAUUCCACAAUUACACGCCUUUCGUGGGAGAAGAUAUAAAGUUGUUUUAAUUGUGUCACCGACGGGAACCCACGCGCCGCUGUAGCCACGCCCUCGCCUCUUGUUUAUCCAAUCAAAUCGCGUUGAUCUCACCAUAUGACUACCCUGCUAUAGCUCCCCGUAUCUCAGACAAUAUAUAUGAUUUCUUUUGAAACUAGUAAUGUCAUAUCCCUUUUCAUUAAGUAAAACCCACAAGCCUUCUGUCAGAAUGCCCUUAUAGCGCUAUUUUUGCCACGUAAAAACCCACAAUAGGUAAAGGUAAAACUGAAUUCUGAUAGCCAGGACAUCAAUCCAUCCAUCGCUUAUUUAGUUGAGCGAUAUUGAAGAAUAUUAUCUGACGUGGCAGAGCGUCAUCGUGUGGGCGUGGCUUAGCAUUGUCAACAUCCUGUUAACGAAACCCUGCCCCUCCAAAAUGGCGACCGUGGACCAGAGGGAAGGACAAGAAGAGCCAGAGAGUGAUGAGGAGGUGUACGAGGUGGUGGACCUGACAGAGUAUGCCCGAAGGCAUCAGUGGUGGAGCAGGGUGUUUGGAAGCAACUCAGGACCGAUCGCUGAGAAAUACUCUGUUGCUACCCAGCUCAUGAUGGGAGGCCUGACAGGGUGGUGUGCUGGUUAUGUCUUCCAGAGAGUUGGGAAGGUCGCGGCAACUGCUGUCGGUGGAGGGUUUCUACUUUUACAGAUUGCCAAUCACAGUGGCUAUGUGCAGGUGGACUGGAAGAAAGUGGAGAAGGAUGUGAACAAAGCAAAGAAACACCUGAAGAAGAAAGCGAACAAAGCAGCCCCCGAAUUAAACACAUUCAUUGAGGAGGUAAAGGCCACAGAUUUUAUAAAGAGGAACAUUGUCCUGUCCAGUGGCUUUGUCGGAGGAUUCUUCCUGGGUUUGGCGUCGUAGAGGCCACUACCUGCACUGUGCAUUACUUCACUACAAAGAUAGCUCUUCUCCCUGUAUGCAUUGGUCAUGGGGAUUUUCUUUUGAAUAUUAAAUUGUCAUCUAUGAUGCAUGGUUGUCCAGUGGUAAACCCCCCCCCCCUUUUUUUUUUUACCCAUUUGCAUUUCUACAUUACUACACUAAUCUGUAGUUGCGUGUGUGGGUGAAAUGCUGGCUUCUACUCCUCACUUUGGACUCAGUGAUGCAUGUCUAUUCUCAUUUAUUUCUAUAGUAGACACUGAUCAUAGAUUACUACGCUACCAUGGCUGUAAAUAUGUGAUUGAGAAGCCAACAGACUAUGGUUAAAUGAUACUGAUGUAGACUAUAUAGUACAACACAUACCUUAAAAUGUGACCACAAAUGUGAAUUGUAACAAUGUUGAACUUUACCGUGCCAACACUAUUACUGUACAUGUAUUUGUUUUUUUUUUCUUGAACCAUGUCAAUGCAGUAUGAUGGCAUAAUGGGAAUGUGACCAGGCAUCAUCCCUCAUGCAUUUAUUGUGCACACCAGCGUCUGUCACUUUAUUCACUAAUACAUUUUUGUUUACCUUAUUCUAUUGAUACAUAUUUCUGGUAAACGUUGUGUAGUACGUGUUGCCAUGAUAUUACCACCUCACUGUUUUUAUUGUUGACAGUUGUGUACAAUAUGUUGGGUUACUUUGUGUGUGUUUUUGAACAGAACAUAAAUUAUAUAUAUAGAGUUGUCUGGAUUAAAUAAAGAUACUUUUGUAAAAGUCAAGACAUACAAGUGU